GAUGGUCCUAUAACUCUCCGCGUUGAUAUUUAUUUUCUUCCCCAUGAUCCCCAUGAUCCUAGCAAAACAGAGAACUUGUUGAAUGUUGAUCAUUAUAAAAAUGUCUGUUUUCAGAUUCUUCAUUACCCUGUUUUCGCUCCCCCUGCUCAGUCUCACCACUGAAGCUCAAAUACCAAAUUACGUUGGCCACAACUGCUCCAACACGACCACUAUCACCAGUUACAGCACUAAUCAAUCUGACCUCAACAGCCUCCUCUCCGCCCUCUCCACCAACGCCAACGUCGCCAAUGGGUUCUAUAAUACCACAUCCGGGGAAGGCCCCGACAAGAUCUACGGUCUCUUCCUCUGCACCGCCCGCCAUGUUGCCACUGUUUGUCGAGAUUGUGUCAAGUAUGCUACCAGGGAUGUGAUUCAGAGGUGUCCUGUUGCGAAUGAGGCCGUGAUUUGGUACGAUUCAUGCCUCCUCCGCUACUCCGACGAAUGGAUUUUCUCCACUCUGGCUGAAGAACCAUCCUGUCGGGUGUGCAAUGGCGCCCGUUACACGGAUCCGGGUCUACUCAACAGUGUACAGACGAAGGCCAUGAGCGAAGCGAUCGGUCAGGCUGUGUCAGUGCAGGAAAGGUUUGCCACAAAGGAGGCUAAUAUUUCCGAGUCAGAGACCCUGUACAGUCUGGUCCAGUGCACACCGGACCUGUCAAGGGAUGACUGUGAUAAGGGUCUCAGACUAGGCAUGGAAUGGCUAGGGAAUUUUUGUUUUGGAGCCAUAGGAGCUCAAAUAUUGAGACCCAGUUUUAUAGUUAGGUAUGAACUUUACUCUUUCUACGACGAGGUCUCGGCGCCACCACCAGCUACACCACCACCAGCUACACCACCACCAGCUACACCACCACCAGAAUAUGCUAUGGAAGGACUUUUUUCUGUCAAAUCUGAUGUGUUUAGCUUUGGAGUCAUGGUGCUAGAAAUUAUAAGCGGGAAGAAGAACAAUGGAUUUUACUUUUAUGAACGCUGUGAAAGCCUUCUAACCUUUGCAUGGAAACUAUGGUCUCAAGGUCAAGGAAUGCAGCUGAUAGACCCACAACUGGUGCAGUCAUUUGUGGAGUUUGAAGUGCUCAAGUGCAUCCAUAUUGGUCUGCUUUGUGUGCAGAAAGAUCCGGUGGACAGGCCCACCAUGUCAUCUGUAAUACUCAUGUUGGGCAAUGAGAACUUAACUCUUCCUAGACCUACAGAACCUGCAUUUUUUGUUGGACGAGUUGUUGCAGAAUCAGCUACACCCUCUACAGAUAACAAUGUCUGUUCUGUCAACGAGGUAACACUUUCAGACGUGUCACCUCGUUGAUUGUUUGUGCUUUCUCUGAUAUUUCUAAUUAAUCUUCCUUUCUUUAUUGAAUCAAACUUCGUACAUUUA